AUGAUGUUAUCAAAAAUUAUCAAUAAUAUUAGUAAAUCAGGAUUGCGAAAUACUACCAAUUCAAAAAAUGGGGGUUUAUUAUAUUUUCAAAAUUAUUAUAUGAAAUCUUCAACCACCAUAACCAGAUUAAAUAGUGGUAAUAAUAAUUAUAGUAAUAAUAACAAUAAUAACAAUAAUAUAAUUUUAAAUGAUAAAUUUUUAAAUAAACAACAAAAUGAUAAAAAAAUAAUUUAUAACAAUAUAUUUGAAGAAAAGAAUCAAUUUUUAAAAAGAAUUUAUUCAACAUCAACAACAACAACAUCAACAACAACUACUACAAAUAUAAAUGAAAAUAAUAUUAAAAAUGAAAAUAAUAAUGAAAAUAAUAAUGAAAAUAGUAAUAAUAAUAAUGAACAAUCAAUAAAAUCAAAUCAAACAAAAUCUAAAGGAUUUUUAAGAGGACCAUAUAUGACAUUAAUUAAAUUACCAAUUACAGUUUAUGUUACAUUGACAGCUAUAGCGGGAUAUGUUGCAGCAUGUCCAAUUGGAGCAUUUGAUUGGGUAGUUUUGAGUCAAGUUAGUAUUGGUACAUUUUUAGCAUCAUGCUCAGCAAAUAUUCAUAAUCAAGAAAUUGAGGUACAACAUGAUAGAAAGAUGCCACGUACCAAAGAUAGACCAUUGGUAAUUGGUACUAUUAAUAGAGGUAAGGCAUGGGUGGGUUCGAUAGCAUUGUUAACAUUGGGAUUCGGCACUAUGGCUGUCACACCAUCACUAUUUGUUCCAGGCACAUUGGCAGCAUGUAAUGUUAUCCUAUAUUGCUGGUACACCGAUUUGAAGAGGGUCACACCCUUGAAUACUUGGAUUGGCGCAUUCGUCGGUGCCAUCCCCCCAUUAAUCGGCUCGGUUGCUGCCACUGGUGAAUUUGAAGCAAUCGGUAUGCUAUUGGCUACCUUUAUGUACAUUUGGCAAAUUCCUCAUUUCUUAGCACUCUCUCAAGUACUUCGUGAACAAUAUCGUGGUGCAGGUUAUAAAAUGUUAUCAGUGACUCACGAAAAGAAAACAGUGGAUCGUGUUUCAUUGGCUCAUGCUUUAUUUGGUAUUCCAUUGCCUUUCAUCUUUGACUAUUUCUUUAAUUUCAACGUUCAUCCAAUCACUCUCACUUGUAUGGCAUUAAGUAGUGCCUCUUUAGCAUUACCAUUCAUCACUAAAAUCUCUCCAAAACGUUUAUAUAUCAUAUCCUUAAUAUCUUUACCAAUCACUUUAUUCUUAUCUUGUUUAUUAAGACAACCAUUUGCUUAUUAUACUGAUGAUGAUGAUGAAGAUAAAGAUAAAGAUAAUCAAAAUCAAAUUGAAAAUCAAGAUAAAAAAUGA